AUGCUGAACAAUAAUUUUCUAUCAAAUAACAAUACUGGAGUGGCUGUAUUGAAUAAAAUCGCUGCGAUUUCCGAUGGUCAUUUAUUUGUUGUAAAUGACCCGUCACUUUCAAGAACUUUUCAAGAUGACUACGUUGAUAUUAUUUCUCAAAUUGUGAAUUUCACAUCAAACGGACAAUUUAUGUUCUCAAGAAACUUGGCGGCAACCUUCUUAAAAUAUAAUAAUGAUUUAGGAACCCUUUUAGUACCAGACUCUCUCACGGACACCGUGAAAGUACACAUCAUGAUAAGCCUGGCCUAUAAAGAUGCAAGCUCACUUGCACCAGUGGCAUUCACAAUUCAUUUUCACAAUAGUUUCUCAUCCAAGUCGGUUGCAUGUUCAGAAAAUCAUCACGGCUCUAAUUUCUAUUCAUGCACGAUAGAGUUGGAGCCAGUUGAGAGGGUGAAUGUGUCACUGAUCUACGAGCCAACAGGUCAGAAUACCGAUGUAUUAGUAAGAAUGUGGACCGAUACGCAAAUAUUUGCUCAGACUAGUUUUGUAUCAUCUCAAAUUCAUAACUAUUUUAAUCCGGAUGAGUAUAACGGCGCUCAGUAUAUAAUUACUGACCAAUGUGGCCCAACAAGUGGUGAAAUUCUGAUCACCGACUGUCGUGGAAAAGUUAGCAAGAAAUACGAUGCCCAUCAACUAAUACCUCGUCAAUACGUUGUCAACGAUGACUGGUUUUUCUUUGCCCCAUUCUUCUGUGAUAACCAACCAGAGACAAUAACUUGUGUAUCUGGAAGUGAAAAUAAGUACGACAUGCAGUUUGUCAGUGGAUAUCUCUCAUUGAGCCAACCGUUUAUUUGCCGUCCUGGAGUUGGAACUAUAAACCCAAAUUGUACUAAUUUAGAUGAAAACGGAAAUUAUUAUUGCAAUCGGGAUAGCCUUCCUUACAAAAGAGGACCACUAGGACAAGUAACAGACUGCCUCGGUCAUGGAUUUCUUGUUCAAGAUCACUCAAGCGACCCAUUUUAUUGUGUAUGCGAUGCAGGCUAUUUGGGCGUUUCUUGUGAGAAUGGACCGUCUGAAUAA